AGGUAAAUAUUGUGGCUGUGGCACAUGAUAUUUAAUAUCGUUAUGAGUGAGUUUUGAACGCUAUUUUGAAAAUGAUGGAAAUGGAAGGCCCUCUGAAGUUCAUCCCCUCUAAAGCGUCUUCUCUAAAGAAGAAAUCAGAAGCUGGAUUCCAAGCAAUCUUUUACGAAUCAUAUAAAUCAAAAAAUCCCAAAAAAGCUACCAAAACCGGCAAUGAGGAACCUGUUGAUGAAAAGGAAAGUAAAGAGUUCAACAUAAGGCAGGCUAAACAAGAAGUUAUUAAAUUUGGUACAUCUGGAUUCGAUUCCCAAACGAAGAAGGCUGAAAAGAUAAAUCUACUCAUAAAAUUAGGCGCUAAACCACCGAAAAACAAAAAUAAAAAUUAUAAGCUCUUGCAAGCGGAAAGAAAAACCGAGAAACAAAAGCAAGCGGAACGGAAACACUUUCAGCAGCUAGGUAAAAAUGCCAUAGGUAAAUCGAAUGCGAAAGGAAAAAGUUUUGAUAGGAAACGAAGGAAAGAAAAGGAUGAUUUACUAGGGACUUACGGAAAAGUUAAGGUCCUGAAGAAAACAUGAAAGCUCGGCAAGUAUGUUCAAGAAAACGUUCAAUUGCUGAUCUGACGUCUCUCAAGUAACUAGCAUUUUGCGUAAAUUGGAUGAGAGUCAUUGUAUAUACACUUUAUCGAUACAUUUGUGAAAAUAUGGAUCUUCAUUUAGUGAAAAUAAUAUAAGAUUUUUUAUCAACAUUU